ACGGUUUUACGCAAAUAAGGUUAAGGGGUUCAUUUCACUUUUGGCGGGGAAUUCUGUUCUAUUUUCCGAAUUGUUCGUCGUGUGUCUCAUUGCAUCACAAAACAUGGGAAUUCAAGGCCUUGCUAAACUUCUCGGCGAUAAUGCUCCUUCUUCGUUAAAAGAUAAUGAAAUUAAAAACUAUUUUGGUCGUAAAAUAGCUAUAGAUGCUUCAAUGAGUAUAUAUCAGUUUUUGAUAGCCGUGCGACAAGAUGGCUCUAAUUUAACAAAUGAAAGUGGAGAAACUACCAGUCAUCUUAUGGGUAUUUUCUAUCGAACAAUUCGUAUGAUAGAAAAUGGGAUCAAGCCAGUCUAUGUUUUUGAUGGGAAACCACCAGAGAUGAAAUCAGGGGAGUUGGAGAAAAGAAAAGAAAGACGAGAAGAAGCUCAGAAAGCUCUAGAAAAAGCUGAAGAAGUUGGGGAUGUGGAAAAUGUCGAGAAAUUUAAUCGGCGCCUCGUUAAAGUCACAAAAGAACACAAUGAAGAAUGUAAGCAGCUGCUAGCUCUGAUGGGAAUACCCUAUGUUGACGCUCCUGGUGAAGCUGAAGCCCAAUGUGCUGCUUUGGUUAAAUCAGGGAAAGUGUUUGCUACAGGAACAGAAGACAUGGAUGCCCUUACCUUCGGAUCUUCAGUUUUACUGCGACAUCUUACUUUCAGUGAAGCCAGAAAAAUGCCCAUAAAAGAAAUAAAUUUGACUAGAGUCUUAGAUGAAUUGAAUUUUUCCCAGGAUGAGUUCAUUGAUUUGUGCAUCCUCCUUGGCUGUGACUAUUGUGAUUCAAUUCGUGGUAUCGGUCCAAAACGUGCUGUGGAACUUAUCAAACAACAUAAAAGCAUUGAAACUGUUCUGGACAAUUUAGAUAAAAAGAAAUAUGAAAUACCUGACAACUGGAUGUUUAAAGAAGCAAGAAAGUUAUUUCAGAAACCAGAAGUUACUGAUCCUGUUUCGCUUGAUCUAAAAUGGAUAGAACCCAAAGAAGAAGAACUAGUUAAAUUUAUGGUUGAAGACAAACAAUUCAAUGAGGACAGAAUCAGAAAUGGCAUCAAGAAAUUAAAGAAAGCUCGCCAAGGUUCAACGCAAGGAAGAUUAGAUAACUUCUUUCAAGUGACAUCAGUAAAUUCAACAAAGCGAAAGUCUAAUGAUACGAAAGGUGACCCUAAAAAGAAAGCCAAAAACAACAGUUUCAAGAAAAAAAAGUAAAUGAAUUUUAUCCGAGAAAAAUCAUGUAACUUCUUCAAAUUUAAACAGACCAUAUGUAGUAAAUAAAAUUCCAAUUUUCGCUGCUUUUA